AUGAGUCGUCUGAUAUUAUGCAAUGCAACAUUAACUAUGGCUGGUAUAUCUACACUAGUUGCUUCAUUUAGUGGUUCUCAUAUUCUUUCUCAUAUAAGUUAUGCUUCAUUUUUUGGUUUCUUUUCCGGUGGUUAUAUUGGUUUAACUUCAAUAAUUACUGUUGAUCUUGUUGGUAUUGCAACUGCUAUUGGAACUCCGGUGGUUGGUGCAAUCUGUAAUGUAUUUGAAUCACAUAAUAAUCCAUUUCUUUGGUCUUAUUUUAUUUUUGGUGUUUUUGUUGUAUUAAGUGGUUGUAUUCUAUUUGCAAUUCCUGCAUUGAUACGAAGACAAAAAGCUCAACAGAAUAUAACUAAACAUCAAGCGGACAUAAAUGUUCUUUCUCAUUAA